AUGGGACACUACAACACAAGCGAAUCCGAGACCCCGGCGUUACAGACGUUUGCGUCAACUUAUAAACCAAUUCACGGAUACUUUGCUGCAGUCGUAUGCGUAUUAGGUGUUCUGGCAAAUAUUCUGAAUAUCAUUGUUCUCACCAGGAAAAACAUGAUAUCUUCGACGAAUAUAAUUCUAACGGGAUUGGCUAUAUCUGACGGGCUAACCAUGGUUUUCUACCUGCCGUUUGCUAUUCAGUCGUAUGUUAUCUACGGAUCAGAGCCAUCAGUAGAACGCGACACGAUACAUAACGCCCGGUACACGCUGACGUAUGCUAUUGCCAGCGUUACUCUGCAUUCGAUUUCAAUCUGGCUAACCGUCACACUGGCUCUGUUCCGAUAUGUUUUUAUCCGCUUUCCGCGUAUAGGGGCACAGCACUGCAAUAUACAAAGAGCCAAAACAGCUGUGUGUGCCGUUGUUAUUGGUAUUACCAUCGUAUGUAUCCCGAAUUCAAUAUCAUAUGAAUUCAGAAGCAGACGCGAACCUAAACAAUCGUUUAACACGUCGGAAACGGAAGGCAUGAUUUGGUUUAUAGAUGUGAGAAAUGGCACCCAUGCAGAUAUGUUAUUAGCGAAAUUUAAUUUCUGGAUUCAGGCGGUGAUUGUGAAGAUUCUGCCUUGUUUUCUACUUACUAUGUUCAGCGUCCUGCUUGUUCGCACGAUGCAGGACGUAGAGAAACGUCGGAAGAAGAUGAUAACUAAACGACCAGUAGCUGACGGUGAGAGCCAACCCAGCUGUUCUAGUAUGACGUCUAAACGGUCCCGUCAGUCGCAAAGAACAACGAGGAUGCUUGUUACAGUGGUCAUCCUGUUUUUAUUAACUGAAAUACCGCAAGGUAUAUUGAGCCUCCUCAGCGGACUCAUUGAGGACUUCUUUCACCUUAUAUACACUCCACUUGGCGACCUUUUAGACAUUCUUGCCUUGAUUAAUAACGGAAUCAACUUUGUACUGUACUGCUUUAUGAGCAAACAAUUCCGGGAUACGUUUUUAUCUAUUGUUUGUGGAUGUUUUCCAAAUAUGUCCGAGAGACGAAAGAUGCAAACGUUUACAACGUCUAUCUACUGA